AUGAAGUCCUUUGCUACCGCGGCCAUUGCGGCCACCCUUGCUGGUUCCGUCUCGGCCACAAUUCCAAUCUACUCCUCUGGCAAGACUUGCCACAACAUCACUGUCCCUGUGUGCAUCACUGCGCGCAACGGUGUGUUUGACAAGGAAAAGCUCACGCCGAAGAGCAACAUCGAUGUGACCAACUUCAUCCUCAACAACGCUCGCCAGGGCCACAACUACACCCAGGAGCAACUCAAGGGAUACACGGACUUCACUGGCACCUACAACCUUUCCACCACAUACUGCGCUCCAACUCAUGGGGCCCCUAGCACUGUCCAGCUGCUGACCCACGGUAUUGGCUUCGAUCGUUCGUACUGGGAUUUCCCAUACAACAACUACAACUACAGCUAUGUCAACCGCGCGGUCGAGGAGUAUGGAUAUGCUACCUUCUCCCACGACCGCCUCGGAAUAGGCAUGUCGAGCCACGGCGAGCCAGUCAACGAGAUUCAGGUCGCUCUCGAGGUUGCCGCUCUCAAGGAGCUGACCGAUCUGCUCCGUGCUGGCAAGAUCGCUGGUGUCCCCAAGUUUAAGAAGGUUCUUCACGUUGGACACUCGUUCGGCUCCGUACAGAGCUACGCUCUGGCCGCUAUGUAUCCUGACAUUACCGACGGUCUUGGUCUUACUGGUUUCUCUCAGAAUGGAACUUUCUUGCCAUUCUUCCAGUACGGUGGUGACUUUACCCAGGCGAAUUUGAACCCUGCGUUGAAGUCCUAUGUUGAUGGCUACCUCGCUCCAGCCUCCGCCUCUGCUGUCCAGACCAACUUCUUUGCUGAGGGAGACUUCGACCCUAAGAUCCUCGAGGUUGCCACUAUGACCGGUCAGCCCGUAACCGUCGGUGAGCUCCUCACCAUCGGCGGUGCCGCCGCCGCCAAGAACCCUACCAAGGCCCCGGUCCUCAUCAUCACCGGUGAGAGGGACGUUCCAUUCUGUGGUGGAGACUGCUUCAUCGCCCCAACUGGCUUCAAGUCGAUCCCUCAGACUUCCGCCGCCAUGUUCCCAAACACUCGCAAGUUCCAGGUCGACAUCGUUCCUGGUGCUGGACACGGCCUCAACCUCCAGUACAGCCAUCCUCAGACCUACACCUCCAUCCUUGAAUUCUUCAAGGCCAACGGUGCCGGACCAAACGCACUUUUGCGCCGCGUGUAA